GAAGUCCCUCUUACCUGGUUUGCACCCGUACUUGUUGACUGCGGAACCUGCUUGGCAACCCGCGUUAUCAGUUUGCCAAGCUUAUGACCAAUUCAGACCCCACAUUGAGUCUCGUUGAUCGUCGUUUAGACAAGCCUUUCCCCACGUUGCUAUCAGUCCAGAACGUCGGGCACGGAUUGAUAUGAGUUCAGACGACCCACUCGGAGCCGCGUACAAUGUAAUUACGCUCAGCCUCCUCGUCGUUCUUUUGUGAACAUCAUUCAUCCCUCUUGUGACAUACCGACAGCUCCUGUGCAUCUUUGCGACACACAGCAAUAUAUCCAACAGCAAACCUGAGUCAUCUUGGUGAGCACUGUUUUGCGAUGGCGUACGGGCGCGGUGGUGCAGGUAAUUACUACGCGGCGCAGGAGCAAAGCAAGAAGGCAGUUGAGGACGUCGAAGCCAACCGUUCCACUACCGAUACACAACCUAUCCACUCUUCGACCCCAGUGCAACCUUCAAAUUCCUCUCAAGACUACGCACACAUGGGUCGCGGCGGUGCUGGCAACUGGUAUCAGCCCACUGAGCUUCAGAAAGAAGGUACCUUCACACAGGCUGUUGACGCAACCGCAAUCCCUACGUCAUCGAAGCCACAGAUCAGCACACCUUGGCAUCCUGAGGGUCAGGAAAUGCCUGUCGCCAGAAGCGGGAGAGGUGGCGCGGGUAACUUCGUCUGGAAGAGUGAAGAGCAGAAGAAGGGGCAGAGGGAUGAUGAGGAGAGAAGAAUAGAGGGGCUGAGGGAUGAGGUAGAGAGGAGUGUCGAAGCUGGAUUGGCGAAACCGCCUUUCGCGCUGCUUGGGAGGGAGACGCAGAAGGGCCGGUGAACGAAUCGACAGAAUUCAACAUUCGGCGGCUAUGCGAAGACCCAAUAGGUGGGCAGAUUUUCAGGCUCAAUGAACCAGUUUAGCAGGGAUCGAUAGAAUCACGCUCAGACUCCUUUGUAUCCGUGUUACAAUGUACGUCGUUGCACGUUAUCGCAUGCUGUCUGCGAAGGAGCUCGCUUCUGAUUAGAUGUACUUGGGAUCACUGGAGUGUAUCUUGAAGGUGUACGUAGUGAUGUGCCUGGCGACUCUACAUAUAAGAUAACAGUG